UUCAGUGUCGCCGCCAUCUUUGUUGAUGUGUCAGCUCCGCGGGGGUUGCGGGGUGAAGCCGCGGGGGAGAGCGAGGCGACCGGCCGGGAUCUCCACUGCCCCCUCUCCUGCCUACACUAACUUGGCGGAGCCCGCCAUGGAGAAGGUGACCUCUGAACCGGAACUCCAGCGGCCUCGUUAGGGUGCGGCCUGGGGCUUGGGGAAGAGGGGAAGAUGCCUGAAUUUGACGUCCGUGCAAGAAUUGUGACUAGAAGCCCGCCUCUUUCCCUGAUGUAAAACAAAGAUCGGAGCAGAUUUGAAGAAAUGCAAAGUGAGUUGGAGCCAGUCAGCAUGUCAGAGGCAGAGCACGGAGCAUCCAUUUCCUCUGAUACACAUGUUGGAAAAGCAUCUGAACUAAAAGAAGACUCAUGCAAUUCAUUUUCUGGCGAUGAUGAAAGCGGCAGAUUGGAAAAUGAAUUCAAAUUAGUAUCACUGAACUUGGACACAGUUUUGCACCAGCCUCAUGAACACAGUAAUCAAACUGAAGUACAGGAAAACUGUAUUCUAGAUCAUAGUAGAGAUGAAGAUUCUUGUGCUAAAGCAGACACAUGCCCAGAAAAUUCUGAACAAGUAGAUAACUUCCCUAGUGGAGAUUUUAUAAAGCAAGUACCAAAAACAAGCGAAACAGAGCAGACAGUAACACAAAUAUUGGCAGAAUUAAGGUCAUCUACAUUUACAGAAGCUGCUAAUCAAAAGACUUAUUCAGCAAGUCCUUAUGAUACAGACUGUACGAAAAAACUUAUCUCAAAAAUAAAGAAUGUUUCAGCAUCAGAGGAUUUGUUGGAAGAACUAGAAUCUGAGCUCUUAUCUACAGAGUUUGCAGGACACCAAGUACCAAAUGGAAUGAAUAAAGGAGAGCAUGCAUUAGUUCUUUUCGAUAGGUGUGUACAGGACAAGUAUCUGCAGCAAGAAUACACAAUAAAAAAAUUAAUUAAAGAAAAUAAGAAGCAUCAGGAUCUCAUCUUAGACAUUUGUUCAGAAAAAGACAAUUUGAGAGAAGAACUGAAAAAAAGAACAGAAACUGAGAAGCAACAUAUGAGCAUAAUUAAACAGUUAGAAUCAAGAAUAGAGGAACUUAAUAAAGAAAUUAAAGUUUCCAAAGAUAAGCUAGCAACUCAAGACAUUGCAGCUAAAAAUGCAAUUCAGCAGUUACACAAAGAGAUGUCCCAACGGAUGGAACAGGCCAAUAAGAAAUGUGAAGAAGCACGCCAGGAAAAAGAAGCAAUGGUAAUGAAGUAUGUAAGAGGUGAGAAGGAAUCUUUAGACCUUCGAAAAGAAAAAGAAAUACUUGAGAGAAAACUUAGAGAUGCAAAUAAGGAAUUUGAGAAAAACACUAACAAAAUUAAGCAGCUUUCUCAGGAGAAAGGACGCUUGCAACAGCUGUAUGAAGCAAAGGAAGGUGAAACAACUAGACUCACCAGAGAAAUAGACAAAUUAAAGGAGGAUAUCAACUCUCACAUCAUUAAAGUAAAAUGGGCACAAAACAAAUUAAAGGCUGAAAUGGAUUCACACAAGGAAACCAAAGAUAAACUCAAAGAAACAACAACAAAGUUAACACAAGCAAAGGAAGAAGCAGAUCAGAUACGACAAAAUUGUCAGGAUAUGAUAAAAACCUAUCAGGAAUCAGAAGAAAUUAAAUCAAAUGAGCUUGAUGCAAAACUUAGAGUUACAAAGGGAGAACUUGAAAAGCAAAUGCAAGAAAAAUCUGACCAACUAGAGAUGCAUCAUGCCAAAAUAAAAGAACUAGAAGAUCUGAAAAGGACAUUUAAGGAGGGUAUGGAUGAGCUACGAACCCUGAGAACAAAGGCAAAAUGUCUAGAAGAUGAACGAUUAAGAACAGAAGAUGAAUUAUCAAAAUAUAAGGAAAUUAUUAAUCGCCAAAAAGCUGAAAUUCAGAAUUUAUUGGACAAAGUGAAAAUUGCAGAUCAGAUCCAGGAGCAGCUUCAAAGAGGUAAACAAGAAAUUGAAAAUUUGAAGGAAGAAGUGGAAAAUCUUAAUUCUUUGAUAAGUGACCUACAAAAAGACAUCGAAGGCAGUAGGAAAAGAGAGUCUGAACUACUACUGUUCACAGAAAAGCUCACUAGUAAGAAUGCACAGCUUCAAUCAGAAUCCAAUUCUUUGCAAUCACAGGUUGAUAAACUUUCUUGUAGUGAAAGUCAUUUACAAAGCCAAUGUGAACAAGUGAAACAUACAAAUGCUAAUUUGGAAAGUAGAUUGCUCAAAGAGGAAGAACUGCGCAAAGAGGAAGUGCAGACUCUGCAAGCUGAACUCACUUGUAAAGAAACAGAAGUUAAAGGGUUGACUACCCAGGUUGAAGAAUUGAAAGAUGAGCUAGUAACUCAGAGACGUAAACACGCCUCCAAUAUCAAGGAUCUUACCAAACAACUUCAGCAAGCACGAAGAAAAUUAGAUCAAGUUGAGAAUGGAAGCUAUGAUAAAGAAGUUAGCAGCAUGGGAAGUCGUUCUAGUUCUUCAGGGUCCCUAAAUGCUCGAAGUAGCACUGAAGAUCGAUCUCCAGAAAAUUCUGGGUCAUCAGUAACGGUGGAUAACUUUCCUGAAGUGGACAAGGCCAUGUUGAUUGAGAGGAUAGUUAGGCUGCAGAAAGCUCAUGCUCGGAAAAAUGAAAAGAUAGAGUUUAUGGAAGACCACAUCAAACAGUUGGUAGAAGAAAUUCGGAAAAAAACUAAAAUAAUUCAGAGUUACAUUUUACGAGAAGAAUCAGGCACACUUUCUUCCGAAGCAUCUGACUUUAACAAAGUCCACUUGAGUAGACGGGGAGGCAUCAUGGCGUCUUUGUACACGUCCCAUCCUGCUGACAGUGGCUUAACACUGGAACUCUCUUUGGAAAUCAACCGAAAGUUACAGGCUGUUUUGGAAGAUACAUUACUUAAAAAUAUUACUUUGAAGGAAAAUCUACAAACACUUGGAACAGAAAUUGAACGUCUUAUUAAACACCAGCAUGAAUUAGAGCAGAAGAUGAAGAAAGCCUAAUUCAAAGCUCUUGCUCAGCACUCAGACAAGAGCCACACAGCAGCAGGUGCCACUCACCAGUGUUGCUGAAAACUUUUCCCUGCUUUGUGUGUCUUCCAGUCACAAAUUUGUCUCGCUUCAUCUGUAUAAAAGAGUACCCUUUUACACACGGGGGCCUUGCUGUGUAUGCUGUAAAUAUGUAAGCUUUGAUGAAAUGUGUUUUUUAUACGGUGCAGUUAAGCCACCCAUCAUUGAAUCUGAUUUGCCCAGAGUCAUAUGAAAUGCUGAACAUUACUCCAAGGGCUUUAAAACAAACCAAAAGCUAUAUAUAUAUAUUUUUUUCUUCCCUUUAAAAUACAUAAUGUCACAAAUAACUAAGCUUUUCAAAAUUACGCAUGGAAAGGUUUAUAGGGUUAAUCACUGAGCAGUUCAUUAUCUCCAACACCAAGAAAACUAGAGCAGUUUUUUUCCUGUUUUGUCUGGGUGUGGUGGUACGCACCUGCAGUCCAGCUGCUAGGGAGGCUGAGGCCAGAGAAUCCCUUGAGCCCUGGAGUUCAAGACAGGAUUGUGCAACGUACCGAGACCCCAUCUGAAGGAGAAAAAAAACUCAUGUUUUGACACCCCAGAACACCUGGUUGUGCUUUGAGGCCUUCAGUCUUUCUGUUUUUUCAUGAAAAAUAAAACAAAACAGGAAAGCAAGCUAUCAGUAACUAACAAUGGUCAGGCAUUGUCUGUCUGUCUCUGUCAGGUUUGUUUUGCAGAUUUGGAUUGUUUGAGUUUAGUAGUUGAACUCUUAAGUCUUUAUUUUCUGGAAGCAUAAUUUAAGUAACAUUUUCACUUAGAAAAUAUUUGCAUAUUUUAGUUACAGUGUGCAAGGUGAAAUGGAUCCAAUCAUUGGACCAGAAAGAUGACUACUUCUUUAAAACUGGGUACUAUAGUUUUACUGACAUUAUGUAAAAAUAAAUGUAAUAAGAUAUUUGUGAAGAAUCAGUUUCUCUCCAGCAAGUGUCCUGGUUGGCCCUUGCUAAGCACAUUGUUCUCUGUGACCUAUGAGUUGCGUUACAGUGAGCUGUCACAUUCUUCCUCCAAUUGUUCUGUGUCAGCUUAUUUAUAGAAAACAAAAUGGCACCUCUCUGUAACCAAAGGAAUUCUCAGCUAAAUUUUUGUAUCUUGUUGGAUUUUUUUACAAUAUUUAUUUAAAGUAUACACUUACAUGUCGAUAGUGCUGAUAUUUGUUCCUGAUUUUUUUCAUACUGCUUAUGAUUUCUUACCUAUUCUAAUUUCUUUCAUACUGCAUUACAUUCAAAUCAUUUGUGUUAAGACCUUGGCUCGUCUGAGGCAACUUCAGUUUUGUUUUGGACUUGAGCAUCCUUUUCCCCUUAAAGAGAAGUGAAUUUUGGGGUGAUUCAUUAAGCGCCUUGAAAGAAUUGUGCGAACUCAUGGUGGCAAUAUCCUUUUAAUAUGUUUUUAAUUUUUUAAAUCAUCUUAGCAGUUUACAAAGCUAAAUUACUGAAUACUAGAGGAUUAAAUGUAGUCUUAUUUUUCUCAGUACUGCUGUAUGUUAUCAUUCAAACUUAAUGUUUUUUAACUUCAAAAUGAAAAAGUCCACAUUUGUGGUGUUUUUUAAAUAAGUGUUAAAGAAAGUAUUAGUCUUAAUAUAUCUUGCUCCUUUAACAAUAAUUUAUCAAAUUUAAAAAUCAAGAGGGAAAGUGCAAUAAAACAUUAUUUUCCUGUUUUUUCCUAGAAAUACUGUUAACACUCCAAAGGUCUACUUGGCAUAGACGCAUAACUCAAUUUUUCUAGUUUAUCAUGUGAUACGGAUUCUAAAACUACAUUGGAUUUUGUUUUUCUCCAGAGCACAAAAC